ACCCUCGUCAGCUUCCUCUGUUGCUCCGUCAUUAAUGACACCAACGAGAGGAUACCGCCUGCGUCUAGAGCAGCCUGGUUCCGAGCGUAACAGAGUGGGCCUUGGACCUCUAACGUCCAAGCCUCGUGAGGCAGCGCUUUCCUGUCCUGGAGCCGUUCUAGAUGCGGAAAAAUGCUUUCAGAAAGCAGUUCCUUUUUGAAGGGUGUGAUGCUUGGAAGCAUCUUCUGUGCCUUGAUCACUAUGCUAGGCCACAUUAGGAUUGGAAACAGAAUGCACCACCAUGAGCAUCACCAUCUGCAAGCCCCUAACAAAGACGAUAUCUCGAAAAUUUCAGAGGCCGAACGCAUGGAGCUCAGUAAGAGUUUCCGGGUAUACUGUAUAGUUCUUGUAAAACCCAAAGAUGUGAGUCUUUGGGCUGCAGUGAAGGAGACUUGGACCAAACACUGUGACAAAGCAGAAUUCUUCAGUUCUGAAAAUGUUAAAGUGUUUGAGUCAAUUAAUAUGGACACAAAUGACAUGUGGUUGAUGAUGAGGAAAGCUUACAAAUAUGCUUAUGAUCAAUACAGGGACCAAUACAACUGGUUCUUCCUUGCACGCCCCACUACUUUCGCUGUUAUUGAAAACCUCAAAUAUUUUUUGUUAAAAAAGGAUCAAUCACAACCUUUCUAUCUCGGACACACUGUAAAAUCUGGAGACCUUGAAUAUGUGAGUAUGGAUGGAGGAAUUGUCUUAAGCAUAGAAUCAAUGAAAAGACUCAACAGUCUUCUUAGUGUUCCUGAAAAGUGUCCUGAACAAGGAGGAAUGAUUUGGAAGAUAUCUGAAGAUAAACAGCUAGCGGUCUGCCUGAAAUAUGCUGGAGUAUUUGCAGAAAAUGCCGAAGAUGCCGAUGGAAAAGAUGUGUUUAAUACCAAAUCUGUUGGCCUUUUCAUUAAAGAGGCAAUGACUAACCAACCAAACCAGGUAGUAGAAGGAUGUUGCUCUGAUAUGGCUGUUACUUUCAAUGGACUGACUCCUAAUCAGAUGCAUGUGAUGAUGUAUGGAGUGUACCGGCUUAGGGCAUUUGGACAUGUUUUCAAUGAUGCAUUGGUUUUCUUACCUCCAAAUGGUUCUGAGAAUGACUGACCGAAAGCAAGAGCAUGCAUUUAGUAAUUAUAUUAAGACAUGAUAUCAUUUUUAAUUGAUGACAGAUCUAACAUAGUAAUAUGUUUCUUUUUCUUUUACCCAUUGAAGUCUGCUUGUACAAUGUCAAAUGGAAUGCUGUUUUUCCCUUAUAUCAUUCCUGAGAAAUUUAAAUGUAUUAAAAAUAAAUGUUUUAAGAAUAGCAAUUUUUCAAACACAUAUUUAUAAGUAUUUAUGUGAUAAAGACUAAAUUAUAGACAUUGUAAUCUGUGGUGUAUCUUUGCUUACUGGUUUUAAACUCAUGUAUCAUUUUAGCUUUGUAAUAUAUGCAAAUGAGAUCUCUAGGGAAUUUGUGAUUAAAGAAUACUUGUAGCCCUG